CCAAACCCACAAUUUUCCCGCCAUUUUCCGCUACUCUCUCUCUCCCAAAAAGUGGCUGAGCAGAGCUUGAGAUUUGAGAAACCCUAGCGAGCGAGAGAGAGCGAGCCAUGGAAGAAGAAAUCAUUGCGGUAUUCAAGAAGAACGGGUUCUCUCUCGACGAAGAGGAAGAGAUAGCCAAGAAAUGCCUCACUUUCUGCAUAAAUUACAAUCUCAAGCCCUCAGACAUCGUUUCCAGCUGGGAGGUUUACUAUCUCAACAGGCAAUUGGAUGAGUCAACUGUACAAAAUGCUCAGAUGGAUGGGUUUUUACAGUAUUUGCAAGAUGUGCAGAAGGAAGCAGCAAUUAUGGAGGAAUCUGAUUUGCAUUUCUACUCAAGUAAAGAUGUUGAUAUGAUUUUGAACGAUGAAGAUGGAGAUACAAAAGAAGGUAUUCUUGGCUCUCCAACAGACAAAUCUCAGAGACUUUAUUCAGAGCCAUUUGAUUCAACGCCUCAAACAAAUGGGGGCAUUUUUUCUUCUGGGAAACCAUUUAAGCAUGUGACACCAUUUGGGCAACGAACAGAUAAAUUUGUGGUGAAGUUCAGCACUAAUAAUAUUCCCAAUGCAGAGAACAGAGAAAACGAACUUGCUCAUGAGAAUAAUGAUGAUGAUAUCAUAAGAAAGGUUCAACCCCGAGAGAGGUGUUCUCUGAUAGUUCAUGGAUCAGGGCCUGAACCUGGUUGUAGGUUCAUGUAUGAUCGAAUUGAAGAUAGGUUUAAUGCACUUGAAAAUCGAAUCAAGAGACAUACAACUGCACUUGUUGCAUCUGGGCUCUAUGAGGAACCAGUGGACCCUACAGUUGCUUCCCAGAAAAGCAUAUUUGCUGUUGGCAUGAUCUGUUGUGAUGGAGAAGGCCAUUUAAAUGAGAAGUCCAUCUUAUUGCAAAGCAGUGUUGAGCAUUCUGGAGGGCAACGUGUUCGUCUAGAACUACAAAAACUUAGCCAGUUUUCAGUUUUCCCAGGCCAGGUAGUAGGUAUUGAAGGACACAAUCCUAGUGGGCACUGCUUGAUUGCAUCAAAACUUGUAGAUUCAAUUCCUUUGUCCACUGCUGCUGAUGUGAAUUUGCAUCCUGCAAAGAAGCAAGCUUUGGACCAGGAGAUUCAGUCAACUGAUCUGUCUCAUAAACGGGAAGAGCUAUCAGUGAUCAUAGCAUCAGGCCCUUUUACCACUACAGACAACUUAUCGUUUGAGCCUCUGACAGAACUGCUAGCAUAUGCAACCAGAAAGUUACCUCAGGUGCUUAUAUUGCUUGGACCAUUUGUUGAUUCCGAACAUCCAGAGAUUAAGAAAGGAACUACUGACAGAAGCUUUGAUGAAAUAUUCCAUGUGGAGAUUCUCAGAAGGUUACAAGAUCAUGUGGAAUACAUGGGUUCCAAUGCACAUGUAAUUCUUGUGCCGUCUAUACGUGAUGCUAACCAUGACUUUGUUUUCCCCCAGCCUGCUUUUGAAAUUCAUUCACCCAAUCUCAAACAUCAGAUAACCAGCCUCACAAAUCCAGGGACUUUUGAGGCAAAUCAGGUCAAGAUAGGUUGCUGCACUGUAGAUAUUCUCAAACACCUUAGCGGAGAGGAGAUGUCACGAAAUCCAGCAGAUGGAACACCUAUUGAUCGCAUGAGUAGACUUGCAAACCAUAUUCUUAGCCAGCGGAGAUUCUAUCCACUAUAUCCACCAGCAGAAGGCAUUCCAUUGGACUUCUCACUUGCUCCAGAAUCUCUUCAUAUCUCUUCAUUUCCUGACAUUCUCAUCCUACCUUCAGACAUGAAGUAUUUUGUAAAGGUGCUGUCUCUUGGGGAAGGAGGUGAAGGAGGAGAGCCAGUGAAGUGCAUUUGUGUGAAUCCAGGAAGAUUGGCAAAGGGAGAAGGAGGGGGCACAUUUGCAGAGCUUAACUACUAUGGAGGUCCUGACACAAGCAACGCAUCUAUUAUUGGCAUAUAAAUCCAGGAGUGAUACUCAGGGCCUCAUUGUGAGUUGCUCGGUGUAAAUUGAAGAUGGAGAUCCAAGAUGUGGCCAACAAAAUGAGAGUUUUGGAUCUUAGAGGUACUAUGUGAUAAUUAUUGGAUUAAUUAUUUGGUUCAAAAAGCUCAAUGGCCUGCAGAAGAUCAUAUUAGCAUAUGUAAGUUCACUAAAGUUUAGACAAAUAGAUUAACAAAGUUGGAGCGAAAUUAGGAAGAUUGGUAAGGAGUCUUGUAGUUCAGAUGAUUGUCCUUAUGUUUCAAUUUCUUGUAUCUUUUACAAAUGUAACAACCACUACCAUAUAUCUAAUAAUUCAGCUUGCUUAAAACAUAAAACAAACAAACAAAUAGAUCAGCAAUUCUGCAUCAUAGUAUUAAUCACACAAGUAUAUGGAAAACUCGUUCCUGAUCAGGAACACAAAUUAAAUACUGAGGACACAGGAUUAUAUACAGAAUAUAUGUACCAUCCCUUGUAGUAAAAAAAUAAUAAUAAUAAAUGAGAAUUGUUCCUUCCCACCACUACAAUAAAAAUCGAUAUGACCACAAACCCCCUAAUUCCAGACUAUCAUCUGAGAAAUUUCUUUAAAUUCCAUAAUCCCAAUGCACAUUUCUAGAACUGUUGAAUAGCGCAAACUAAAACCCCCAGAUUUUACUUGACUUUCUUCUGUGCUCUGUGACUGCGUUGUCUAAACCAAAAUAUCCAUAGAUUCGAAACCCACAAAAUGCUAAUCAUGACAGCAACAACAAUUACAACCAUCCAAGAAAUCCAUGCCCAUCUUGGAAUCAAAUUAUUAGCUCCUCCACUCGCAUAAAACACCCCUAUCUUGUACACAACGAGUGUUCCCAAAACCCCUCUUGCAACAGAAUAAAAGACAUAGAAAGGAGGAGACAAGAAUUCAUACACUUUGGCAGCCAGAGGAACAUCAGCUCUCCGCAAAUUCGCAAGGCUCCGAACGUUCUGGCAAGCACUUGUAACCUCAGCAAGAAAAAGAAGAACAAGAAUUGCGACCGCCCCGUGAUGAACCACAUACCGACAAGUCACAAACACAUAUAGUGUGGCUAAAUGGUGCCCAAUGAAGAGGAGAUCACUGGGGACGAACACCAUGUAGUGAAGGAGGUCCAUUAAGAAGUAAGCUAUACUGAAUUCUAGUACAAAGUUCUGAAAACUAGCGUUUGGAGAAGCAAAACUAAGUGGGGUUGGGGAGUUCAUCAACGCACGAGUAGCCAUGAUAACAGCUGGAGUGCCAUGAGUUAAAGACAUAAGGCAGCUUGAAGCUUCUGGUUUUUGCUUUGG